AUGCUUGCGUGUUUGAUAACUAUUUUGCCAGUCGUAGCUACCGCUGCAAGAUUCGACUGUGAAACGAAGCUCAUUGAUCUUUUAAACUGGAGGAACAGAGUGACUGAACAGCUUAGGGUAGUUGUUGAACUAAAGACUAAUCAUCAUUCAGAACUGAAUUACGACUGCGAAUUGGAACGAAAAGUGAAAACUGGUGGGACAUCCAAUCGUGUUCUACUUGUUACAUUCAAGAAUAUAAAGGAUAUUGCUGCGAAUGCUGGUCGAGAGAUGGAAAAUUUGCUGAAUAACUCCAUGUUGAAGGUAAGUAAAUUUCAACUUGGAAGGUGGUAACU